CAUCUGGUUGGCGAGAGCGCACGCUCAAAGAGGGUCUCAAAAAACAACGACUUGAAAAGAUUUCUUGGACGUUUCCCCCCCCCCCCCCAUCCAAAUGGCAGCGUAACAGGACUCAUUCAUUCUAAAGUCGGACCAUCCGUCGUGAGGUAGGCUCAACGUUAAGGCGCGUCUUGUGAAAAACAAUUAGCAUAUAUAGCAUUCAAGCGCAAAGAAAAAUGAAGACGAAAAACCGUGACCAAAGCUUGUCGGAUUCCAGGGAGCUCGACGGCUCGUAUGACCAGCUGACGGGUAACCCUUCCAACAGCCAAAGCAAAAAAAGCAUAAAGCAGCGUUUCCUCAAGCUGCUGGCGUGCUGCAGCGCCCCGGCCCCGCCCUCUGUCAGUGAAAACAGCAUCGAAGAUGACUUUGAGUUGUCCACCGUGUGCCAUCGCCCGGAGAGCAUGGACAAGCUGCAGGAGCAGACUAAGUUCACCAAGAAGGAGCUGCAGGUCCUCUACCGGGGCUUCAAGAACGAGUGUCCAAGCGGGGUGGUGAACGAGGAGAACUUCAAGACCAUCUAUUCUCAGUUCUUCCCACAGGGAGAUUCAAGUAUGUACGCCCACUUCUUGUUUGAAGCCUUCGACACUGACAAGAACGGCUCUGUUAGUUUUGAGGACUUUGUGUUCGGCCUGUCCAUCAUCCUGAGAGGCACCAUCAACGACCGGCUGAACUGGGCCUUCAACCUGUACGACCUGAACAAGGAUGGCUGCAUCACCAAGGAGGAGAUGCUGGACAUCAUGAAGUCGAUCUACGACAUGAUGGGGAAGUGCACCUACCCCAAUAUGCAGGACGAGGCCCCCAGGGAACACGUGGAGAACUUCUUCCAGAAAAUGGAUCGUAACAAAGAUGGAGUGGUGACCAUCGAGGAGUUCAUCGAGUCGUGUCAGAAGGAUGAGAACAUCAUGCAGUCCAUGCAGCUGUUUGACAACGUUAUUUAAAGGAGCUGGAGCAACAGAGGAUCCACCACACUGGGAAGGGGUGUGGGUCUACAGCGUGUGUGUGUGUGUGUGUGUGUGUGUGUGUGUGUGUGUGUGUGUGUGUGUGUGUGUGUGUGUGUGUGUGUGUGUGUGUGUGUGUGUGUGUGUGUGUGUGUGUGUGUGUGUGUAGGUGCGUACGUGUGAGCGUGUGUGCAUGUGUAUGUAGAUUGUGAUAACUCUCCAUCCGUAGGCUGCUGGUCGAGGGGCAACAGGAGAGGAAAGAGAGAAAGAGGGGGAUGAGUGAGAGGGUUUUGUCAUCGGGGAGAUUCCUGUCAGACACAAUAGUUGUCUUACAAAUUUCUUGUUUAUCCUGAAAACGUGUACGGACCUCACAGGAAGAGAGAGUAGAUGACAAACAUCUCACAACCCGAAGACAUUCCCAUGUUUUAUAGAAGGUUACUUCUGACAGAACAUUAGAGUUCAUCAGGAUGGAAGGCACCGUGAUUCCUGCUUCAAGAAUGUCUUAAGAAGGUUUUGGGAACAAACUGUCAUCUUGGUCCGUGGGUACAAUCUAUACUCAAAAGCUACAAUUUGCCCCAUUUUCUGCUGGUUCUUGCAGUUAAUCUAGCACCACCUGGUGGACUAAAAGGAUCCCAAACAGUCUCAAAGGGAACUAUGGACCCCUACAGAGAGAGAGAGAACUGGUCAUCUUUUAUCAAGGGUCGAAUGGCAGACGAAUGCACAAGUAUUGUUUUCAAUAAAGAACUAAUUUCAAUAUCGCAUGAUGAUGUCACCAAUAUCCAAUUAUGUAUUUAUAGUGGAAUUCCAAAGUCUGCCUCUAUCUGUCAAAUGUUCCCUUUCAUCUAAAGGUGCCUCACCCAUAGUUUGUGUGUGUGUGUGUGUGUGUGUGUGUGUGUGUGUGUGUGUGUGUGUGUGUGUGUGUGUGUGUGUGUGUGUGUGUGUGUGCGCGCGCGCGCGCAAACCUGAG